AUGUCGUCAGCAGUCCGUCGGAAUGGCCUGCUCAGCUCGUGCGAGCCCUGUCGAAAGUCCAAACUCCGGUGUGAUCAUGCGCUUCCGUGCAGCCGCUGUAGACGCAGGCGCAAGCCAGCUUUGUGCGUUUACCACCCAGCGCCCAUGACCAGAUUGCUGGACAAUGAUGCAGCAGAAGACCAUCCGAGCUGUUCAAGCCUCAGUGAAGUGAAAUCCAGCGGUAGCACCGAUUUUACUUCUCCUCCAAGUCGCUCGUGGACCGGCCCUCUACAAAACCAGAACCAGAACAAGAGCCAGCACGGCGAGCAGCCUGUGGGCGCAGCUGCAAGCGGCCCCCUCAGGGACAGAUACAUUGCCGACUGGAGCAAACGCGCAGCAUUAUUCCCCAAUGCCGGAGUACUUGGUCCGACUAGCUAUUCUGCUGUCUUUAGCGAAAGCGAUGAUGUCGCGCGUUCUUCUAAUGUGACUGGCUCUCUCCGCGACCUAUCCAAGUCGCUCCGGAACAAUCUACAUGCCAUCGAUGACGGCCAGAUUCAGCUUGGGGCGGAGUUGCUGCUUAUUUUGUACGAUGAUUUUACCCUGUAUGCACAGAUGGCGACGACCAACUUUGACCAGUGUGAGGGGUAUAUUUUUGCUGCCCCGGUGCUCAAGCCGAUUUUCGACUCCGUGUGGCGUAUGCUAGAGGAUGCCAUUGAGGACCGUUCCGAUCCUCUCCCCAGCCUUCGGAAACUUUCCAAGAGCAUCUUUGAGAACUCCUCGCAGCCGGUCGGUGUGGAUUCGCAAACGACCCCGGAAGAGUUCUUCGGGUCAAUGCCGCGGAAAUGGGAGAUCAUCGGCCUGAUGUUCUCGGUCGUUGGCUCCAGCGCAUGUCUCUUACCGCAGUCGGACCUGGCUGAACAUGGUGCUGCCUCUCUAGAUCGUAGAGGACUAGGUGUUGUAUGUGUGUCGGCGGGCGACAUAUGCUUGAGAUUCUGCGACAACUCCGGGGUCAUAUCGGAGCAACUCGCUUGGGUUCUCCUGGCGCAUACUUCGCUCCUUACCUUUUUGUAUGGAGAUCAUGACUACCGCCCGUGGAAAACGCUCGGCGAUCUCGGCACCGUCGUGUUUGCUCUUGGCUUCCACCAGCAGGAAGCAUUCGCACGACUCCCGCUGUUCCUCUCUGAACAUCGCAAACGCCUCGUCGUUGGGUCGUAUGCUCUUGAUAAAGAGCUGGCUACAUUCCUGGGGAGGCCACCUCGCCUAAGCUGGCGCCACCUGGACAUUGAACCUCCUCUCGAUGUAGACUUUUGCGACAUCAUGGCCGCACCGCAUGUACGAGAAGCAGCACUAGCCAAAGUUGACAGCGAGGGCUGGAAUACCGAAGCAACCAUAUCCAAUAUUACGUACGCCAGAGUCAUUCACAAAAUGGGCCCGGUGCGAGAAUUAGUGCUAGAGGUAUCACUGAAUCCUAGGAUUUAUAAUGAUCUGGAACAGAGAAUUUCAGAGAUAUCUGCCAUGUCCAAGCAAAUACGCAACCAAUUACCGCCGACGUUAUGCUGGGAUCGUGAACACUUGGAAGGGCUGGACCAGGAUAGAGAAAAGGGCUAUGUCACACUUGGCACGCACUUGAACUUUUUACACUGCGAAUUCACUUUACAGAGAACACUUGUCAAGCGCAAGGGCAGCGGGUCUGAGGCUUUGCUGAAUAUCGCGCAUGAAAUGCUCAGCGUCUUGCUGAUUGCCAUUUCCAACCGAUCCCGCGACGGAAGGGAUAAUAACACCAUGGCCUGGACGAUGUCCAUAUUCGGCCUCCCAUCCGCCGGCGUGCUAGCCAUUGAGCUUCUCCGGCAAUCCCAAACCCCCGACCCAAACCCGUUGUUCCCUCGAUCCGAGGUGAUUCAGAACCUGAGCCGGUUUGCUGCAGACUUGGAAUACGUGAUAUGGCCGCACGCGGGCAACUACGAGAUCUGUCAACAGGCGCGCAAAGUGCUCCGGCAUAUUCUGGACCGCGUGCUGUCGGCACCGCCGGCCGUACCGGCUGCCGCGUCGUCCAGCUCGGCCGCAGAAAUCGAUUUUGCGCCGAUGGACUGGCUGACGAGUGACGAUGCAAGUACUUGGUUCAAUCAGGACUCGGAUUUUAUGAAGUGGGUGGAUAGUUUUGACUGGGGGCAGGAGUUGGGGAGAUGA